AGAGAACAUGGCGUUCGAAUACUUACCAAUAACCGAUCCAACAUGGAUUGAAACAAACGAACAGUUAAACAUUAGUGAUUACAUUUUAGUGAAACCAAAAAACUAUUCCCAAGUUCCCAUUGGCAUUCCGAAUUGGGAACCUCAACCUUGUUGCCUGUCAGAACUGUUCAAAACUUGGGCACAUGAGCUGCACCAGUUUGAAGUGAAGCCCGAUGACGUUUGGGUAGUCACGUAUCCCAAAAAUGGAACCACUUGGGCUCAGGAGAUGGUUUGGUUGAUAUGUAACGAUUUGAACUUCGAAACGGCACUCAACACCCACCUGCGACAGCGUUCACCAUUUUUCGAAAUUUCCACUUUAGAUAAAGACCGCUCAAACACAGUCGAGUUCCUGAAAACUGCACCGAGUCCUCGGAUAAUCAAAACGCACUUCCCCGUGGCUCUUCUACCGACUCAAAUAUGGACGAUGAAACCUAAAAUUGUCCACGUCAAACGAAAUCCCAAAUCCGUUGCCGUUUCCUACUAUCAUCAUUCGAGGAUGGCUCACUACAAGGGCAGUUUGGAUCAGUUCAUUCAAUCGUUCAAGAAAGAUCUCGAAUACUAUUCGCCUUAUCAUAGCCAUGUUAUCGAAUACUACGAGCUUCAAAACUAUGAGAACAUUUUGUAUCUCUCCUACGAAGAUAUGAAACGGGAUCUACGAUCGUCGGUCCUGAGAACUUGUCAGUUCUUUGGGAAAACUUACACCGAUGAACAAAUCGAGCAGCUUUGUCAACAUUUAUCAUUCGAUUCGAUGAAAGCCAACGACAAUGUUAAUUACAAGGAUUUCGGAGGCGGAAAGUUUAUGCGUCAAGGUUCGGCUGACGGUUGGAAAAGGGAGCUGAACGCAGAUCAGAUAGCCGAAAUUGAUCGAUGGACUGAGAGUGUUGUCGAAGAAAAAUAUCGAUACCUAUUUGAAGCAUAAAUUGAAACAGUCUAUUCAAUGCGAGAAUUUAAUUGAAUUGCGAAAAACGGAUUUAAAGGUUGAACCUUAACAUACAAUGUUCAUGGAAUAAUCCCAUAAAAUAAAAUAAGCCGUUUACAUAAAACAAAAGAAGAAAUAUUCCGCAUUUGUGUAAGAUAAAUAAAACAAAUAUAUCAAUUCUCAGGUUUAAGUUUCAAUAUAACUCUCCCCAAACAACAAAACAAU